AUGAGGUCUACGUUGCGACUGCUGGCCAAUGUCAAGCCCCGGUACCUGGAGCCAUUCGCUCCUACGGGAUUGACUGGACUUCACACCCAUCCGAGUCCCCGCCCGACUUUGAUCUAUCUUUACACUAGCACAUUGGAGAAGCUCAAGGCUUUCCCCGAAUCCUCCGCCUACCGGCAGUCCGUCGAGGCAUUGUCACGCCACCGUCUCCAAAUCGUCGAAGCGCAGAAGCCUCCUGGAUUUGAGGCCUGGUUGGAGCGAGUGAGGAAAACUGUGGCUGAAGAGCCCGAGCGAUUUGCUAAGCUCAAGCGCUCGGAUGGCUCAUUUGCAUUUGUCGGUAUGGAGCAGCGUGAUGGUAGCGAUAUCACCCGUGGUGAAGAGUGGGAUGGCGAGGGCAUGUCUGCGUCCACAGAAGGCCCUACACGUACCCCAGAAGAAGAGGCCGAGUUGAACAAGAUUCUUGAAGCCGAGAGCGCUCCCCCAAGUGACAGUGAAAUUCACAACCACACCAUGAAGUGGGAGAAACGAGCCUUCUCUGGAGGCCGAUCAAUUGGCGCUGGACUUAUUGAAGAGGUCAUCCAAGUGGCUGAGGCCGAGUCCAAGCUCGUAGACGAGCUCUACAAGGCUAAAGUCUGGGAGGAGCUCGAGGAAAACCCAAGCCCGGCCAAUGGACCUACUUUGAACGUCAUUAAAUUUCAGCGGAAAAGCCAAAGAGGCUAUUCUCUGUAA